UUUUCUAUCAUGGAUGAAAUCGAAGACGCAAAAAGUAAUUUCUUUGAGUGUGAAGACAGUAUGGAUUGCCAUAUGGUUAACAAGUGUCUUGAAAUAGAAGACGUCGAAUUUAUAGCAGAUACUUCACAACGAUUCUGGGAAUUAUGUACCUUUGGAGGAAACGACUCCAAAAACGAAAAUAGCGUUAUUCGCCAAUCCGGAGGAGGGAUCAAAAGGAAAGCUGUGGAUAUUGCAGAUGCAGGACCAUCUAGUGCAGUUGAAAUUUCGGAAAAUUAUGAAGAAAAGAAAUUAUGCGAAGCUUGUAAUAUAUGGGUAAGACAACGAUAUUUUUCAAAUCAUUUGAAAAGUAAUAUUCACAAGAACAAAGUUAUAGAACACAACACCCAUGAAUUAAGUAAUGUUAGUUUAAUCAAUUCUGCGUUUGGAUGUCGAAUCCGCACUUACAGAAUAGGAUCAGAUAAUCAAGAGACUGAAUUCGAAACUCCUGAAAUAUUUUUUGAAUCCAUAAAAAAUAAAAUUCAGGCCUUAAUAAAGGAAUGUUUAGAUGAGCUUACGAUAAUUAAUAUUAAUUUUAUAGUGCAUGCGGAGUUUGUGCAGGAAACCAAAGAUCUAAAAAACGUUUUUGAUUUUCAAAGUUUUAAUUAUAACUUUUGUAUUGGAGACGAUUAUGACCCGCUCAUUAAAAAAGUAAAGGACACGUUAUGUACACACAUGAGUGAAUUUGAGAAAAAAGACAGUGGAUGGUCCUUAAAGAAGAUUUUGUUUGUAGACAUGAAUGUCAACAAAUUUAAUCCUUUGAGAGGAUCAUCUUAUUUGGAUUUACCAAAGGAUAUCAAAAGUAAAAAGGCAGUGAUAAAUGUACAAAAUAAUGAUCACCAAUGUCUUAAAUGGGCUUUGUUGUCUGGUAUCUUUCCUGUUGUAAAAAACGCUAACAGAACUACCUCAUACAUGCAGCAUCAAAAUAAGUUAAAGUUUGACGGCAUACGUUUUCCCGUAAAAUUAAGUGAUAUAAAAAAAGUUGAAAAGUUAAAUGACAUAAGCAUUAAUGUAUUUGGGCUUGAAUAUGAUAGCGUUUCGAAAAGAAACAACAUAAAAAUCUAA